UGGCGGCUGCCGGUCACCUGCCUGCUCCUGCAGGUGGCCCUGGUGGUCCUCUUUGGCGUGUUCGUGCGCUAUGACCUCGAUGCCGACGCCCACUGGAUCGACUCCCGGGGCGGUGCGAACGCCACGAGCGACGUGGAGAACGAAUUCUACUACCGCUACCCAAGCUUCCAGGACGUGCACGUGAUGAUCUUCGUGGGCUUCGGCUUCCUCAUGACCUUCCUGCAGCGCUACGGUUUCAGCUCGGUGGGCUUCAAUUUCCUGCUGGCGGCCUUCGGCAUCCAGUGGGCGCUGCUCAUGCAGGGGUGGUUCCACUCUUACUCCGAAGGCUACAUUCACGUGGGCGUGGAGAACCUCAUCAAUGCGGACUUCUGCGUGGGCUCUGUCUGUGUGGCCUUUGGGGCAGUUCUGGGCAAAGUCAGCCCUGUCCAGCUACUCAUCAUGACUCUCUUCCAAGUGACCCUCUUUUCAGUGAAUGAGUUUAUUCUUCUCAGCCUGCUAAAGGUGAAGGAUGCAGGGGGCUCUAUGACCAUCCACACAUUUGGUGCCUACUUUGGGCUCACGGUGACCUGGAUCCUCUACCGACCCAGCCUACAUCAGAGCAAGGAGAGGCAGAGCUCUGUGUACCACUCGGACCUCUUCGCCAUGAUUGGCACCCUCUUCCUGUGGAUGUACUGGCCCAGCUUCAACUCAGCUGUGUCCAAACAUGGAGACGCCCAGCACCGAGCUGCCAUCAAUACCUACUGCUCCUUGGCAGCCUGCGUGCUCACCUCGGUGGCACUGUCCAGCGCCUUGCACAAAAAGGGCAAGCUGGACAUGGUGCACAUCCAGAACGCCACGCUUGCGGGAGGGGUGGCCGUGGGCACCGCGGCUGAAAUGAUGCUCAUGCCAUACGGCUCCCUCAUCGUCGGCUUCAUCUGUGGCAUUAUCUCCACCCUGGGCUUUGUGUACCUGACGCCAUUCCUGGAGUCUCGGCUGCGGAUCCAGGACACGUGUGGCAUUCACAACCUGCACGGCCUCCCCGGCCUCAUAGGCGGCAUUGUGGGGGCUGUGACGGCGUCCUGCGCCAACGCUAGUGGCAAGUUUCAGGCUGCUGGUAUCUUUGUGUCUCUGGCCAUGGCCCUGGUGGGCGGCAUCAUUGUGGGGAUCAUUUUGAAAUUGCCAUUCUGGGGACAACCUGCUGAUGAGAACUGCUUUGAGGAUUCAGUCUACUGGGAGAUGCCUGAGGAGCUGAAGAGCACUGUCUUACAUCCUGAGGACUCCACCCUCAAGCCCUCAGAACCUUAAACCCUCAGGGCAGGUGAGAAGCAGGCUCCACAGACUGUCCGGGCCUCCCAAGGGAGCAGUACUGACUGAGCUGGGAACAGGAGCAAAGCAAGCAGCACCCCACCUGCUGGCCUGGCCCAGGGCACCCCCGACUUCCUUUCCCCUUCAUCCCAGGGAGCCUGCCUGAGAAUGGAGGUGGAAGAGGUAUAGACAAAGUGGGCAUCGAAGCCCGGUUCUGGCGGCAGGAGGCCUGCCUCCAGGGGUCUUGAUGGCCACAUCCUGAGAAGAGAAGGCAGGAGGGGGCUGGCAGCGAAGAGUGGCCUGAGCCUUUCCUGGAGACAACUUAGCCCGACUGCUGGGCACUUCUGCUCCCUGCCUGCCCCCCCACUGCCCCUCCACCAGGGCCUCCCUUACCCCCAGGGCCCCCCAGACCUCUCUGUGCCAUGCAGAUGGAAGCCUCUGUGAAUAAACAUUCUUUGUAGAA